AUGGAAUCUCAAAUUAAAGAUUCAAGUAAAACCGAUUCAAAGGAGUUAAAUCUAAAUCCUGUAAAAAGUGAAAAUAUUUGUAAUAGUAAUGAUUUUUUCAAUGAGUUUGUGAGUUUAUGUACAUCAUUAGAGCAAGUUCCAGCGGACAGAGAGAGGUUAUCGAAAAAAUUAAAUAAGCGAUAUAAAAAUGCAGAUCCUGAAUACACUUCUUCACAACAUUUUAAAAAUUUUGUCAAGAAAUUACUUGCUAAAAAAAUAAGAGAAUUGGAGGAAACAGAAGUUGAUUUAAGCGACGAAGAAAAUUCUACUUAUGUUAAACUUCAAAGGCACAGAAAAAGAUUUUGUACCAUUUACAAAAAACUAUGUAAAUAUACAAAUGAAAACCCGGAUGCAAAUCGUAUAUAUUUAAGAAAAAUUUGUUUUUCUGGAUCUAAAUAUCCUAAUGUAAAUAAGAUUAUUGAAAAUUGGCUAAACGAAACGAAAAGGUUUCCUGAUUUUACCGAUAUUGUAAAGCUCCUGGAAAAUCAAAGUUCUUACCUAGAUUUGUCAACAAAUGACCCAGAUAAAAUAAGACUCAUAGGUAAUUGGUACAAUAAAUUGUAUCAAACGACGGAAAUUUUUCAACAAGUUGGCGUUAUGCUACAAGAAAGAAGAAAAUACGAUUUAUGGGAUUCUUUUUGUGGAUUUUUAAAAGAUUCAAGUGAUCCAGCCGAAGACAAUCCAGAACUCAAAAAAAUAUUUAAAGAAAAUUUUGAUAAUCGAGUUAAAAAAGAACAAGAGAUUUUUGCCCAUUAUUCUGAAAUACAAACGAAACAAGGUUUAAAGGCUAAAGAGGUUCAAGAUAACGAAGCCAAUGAAUCGCCUAUUGCGAGUAGUAAUGAAGAAAGUGAACCGGAAGAAAUUGAAAGCUCCGCUGAUGAUGAUGAUGACAAAAUUCUAAACAUCAGCGAAUCUUCUCUGACGGAUGAAGUGAUUUCUGAUACAAAUGGUGAAAAUUAA